CAUAAAGAACUACAAAUGACAUGAUGAUCUGGACGAGACUGCCGAAUCAAGGCAAAGGUAAGAAUCUCUGGAUUAACUAUCUGUUAGCUAAAUGUAGUAAGGAAUAAAAUUGGGAAAUUUUCUUUAAAUGGACAAUUCUGUGAACUGUCUUGUGCAAGUUUUACUUUUACACAAUACCUGUUAGCAAAAGUGUCAGCUACAGAUGACAUGCAGGAGCUUGUAGCGAUUUGUUGUUUUGCAUGAUGUCUACUUUUACGCUAAUUAGCAUUUCAGAAUCUGAGAGUAAAUAGACCGGAAUAUAUUGAUAGAAGUCCACCUGUACGAGAGAUUUGCAUGGUUAUCAAAACGUCACGCCAGGGUAAGCCUACACAAAACACAGCCCUUAUUGUUGGGGAUUUUAGAAACACUUAUGGGAAAAAUGAAUGGUGGAAAAACGAUUGGAACCAUUUCCCUAUUUGACCGCUAGGUUUUACGGGUAUCAUGACACCACCACUGUGGGGCUGUAUUGGAGCGCUCUAAGACCUUGUAGCAGUACUAUUGACCCACAUUUCAUUGCACUUGAAAAGGGAUCUGGUUAUAAUAGUGAUGAGGACAUCCACUUUAAAAAAAAACUAGGUCAGGAAAGAGGAAUAUAUAGUUAUCAAGAAGACACAACCUCUUCCUCAUACUUUAUCAAACACUCGCCAGAUACAUUAUCUCCUGCGCACAGGUAAAAACCGUAUGUCAUUUUAAGGAUAAUCAGGCGCCGCACUUUUGCUGGAUAUUCUGCACGUUUACAGUAUUUCAGUGCAGUGGAAUGAGUGUUAUCACUGGUUGGAGACGCAGCGUGAAGAAAAAUGGCAGCAAAGGGGACGCCCUGCAGGCGAAAGAAAUCUCAGCCGACCCCAAUGGCUCCCCAACACUGUUGUCCGUCAUAAACAGUCCAGAACUUGACCCCAUCCUCACAGAUUUCAAGUUACAGUUACCAGACAACAAAGAGGCACUCAACCCCACAGAAGCAUCAAACACGUCCAAGAAGUCGGACCUGUCUUUGGCCCUGGAGGACUGCAUGGCAGCAAUGGACCUGUUCCUGAGGAAUGACUUUGAUGAGGCCCUGUCCAGGCUUCGCUGCAGAACCAAAGACAGCAUGUACCAUGCACUCACAUACGCCACCAUACUGGAGAUGCAGGCCAUGAUGACCUUUGACCCGGAGAACAUCCUGGCAGCUGGUAACACCAUGAAGGAGGCUCAGGCAGUGUGUCAGCGGUUCCGCAAGAAGUCAACCUUUAGCAACAGAAACUCCACAGAAGAGGAACUCCAUGCUGAAGUCUGCUAUGCAGAAUGUCUCCUGCAGAGGGCAGCACUCACCUUCCUUCAGGAUGAAAACAUGGUCAGUUUCAUCAAGGGAGGAAUUAAAGUGAGGAAUAGCUACCAGACAUAUAAAGAGCUUCAUACGGUUCUCCAGUCUUCAAGCUACGUCCAUGGUGACAAUCAUGGGCAUUUUGAAGGCGGGGUCAAGCUUGGAGUGGGAGCCUUCAACCUGAUGAUCUCCAUGCUGCCCACUCGGACCCUCAGGUUGCUGGAGUUUGUGGGUUUCUCUGGAAAUAAGGAGUUUGGCUUGCAGCAGCUGACGGAAGGCGCAGCAGGGCAGACGUUCAGGUCUUUCCUGUGUAAUAUGCUGCUGCUCUGCUACCACACCUUCAUGAGCUUCAUCCUGGGCACUGGGGAAGCGGAUGUGGAGGAUGCAGAGAAACUCCUUCAGCCAUAUCUCAAACGGUAUCCUAAGGGAUCCAUCUUCUUGUUCUUCGCUGGUCGAAUUGAGGUUAUCAAAGGAAACCUGGACGCUGCUAUAGUGCGCUUUGAGGAGUGCUGUGAAGCUCAGCAGCAGUGGAAUCAGUUCCAUCACAUGUGCUACUGGGAACUGAUGUGGUGUUUCACAUACAAGAGACAUUGGAAGAUGGCCUACUUCUACGCUGAUCUGCUCAGCAAAGAGAAUGCAUGGUCCAAGGCAACAUAUGCGUAUAUGAAAGGUGCCUACCUCAGCAUGCUGACCAGGGAGGAAUGCCAACCAUUCAGGGAGAGCGAGGUAGCGCUAUUCAGCUAUCUUUGCGGUGGAAACAUGGCGUUGUGUGUUUGGCUAUUGUGGCAGGUACAUGGGCUUAAGCAGAAAAUUGCUGGAAAGUCUUUGCCAACUGAGAAGUUUGCCAUCCGAAAAGCCCGUCGCUACCUGACUGAGAACCCAGUUACACUACCUGCACCUCCUCUGGAAAUGAUGUAUAUCUGGAACGGCUACACAAUCAUCGGGAAACACAAAGACCUGACAGAGGGCAUGCUGAAAACACUGGACGAGGCACAGGCGAAACUCGAAAGUAGCCCAAGGACCGAGUUCUCCAUAGACGACCAGUGUCUGCUGAGCCUGCUUAGAGGUCUCUGUCUGAAGCACCUGGGACACCAGGAGGAGGCUGAGCACUACUUCACCCUUGUCCUCUGCAAUGAAACACAGAUCAAGUUUGAUCACUACUUGGUUCCCAAUGCACUGCUGGAGCAUGGGCUGCUAUGUCUGGAACAAGGGAGGAAGGAGGAGGGAAUCAAACUACUGGAGACGGCCAAGCAAAGUUACAAAAACUACUCCAUGGAAUCGCGGACACAUUUCAGAAUCCAGGCUGCUUUGCACAAGGCCAAGGCCACAGGCGAGAAUGGAAUUCACACCAUGCCCUCCAGCCCGUAGCUGGUGUGGGCAAAACAGGCCCAAAGUCCAGCCAUCCCAAAGUGCACAGCCCAAUGCAGUAGGGAUGAGGCAUAGUACCAAAUCACCCACUACCAGCAACAAGUGCUUGACUUGCCAGCCAUCAAGCUUUCAAAAGACACACAACACUACACUAGUACACUAAACAGUCAGAAGCAUACAGACACUAGCAUUUACUCAGACAAAGGAAAUCUACGCAAUAUAUAGAAAAUACCUCACUAAUAGAUGGAAAUGUACAGGGUCUCAUCUGUCUAUUGCAAAAACCUAUUCGUUACCAAUGCCUGAAUAUUCUCCCUCUAGUAUAAAUACAUAAAUUCACUGACAAACAUGUAUUUUCACACCUGUCACAAGGGUUUCUGCAAUAUACAGUAUUUGAGUGCUUAACGGUAUUCUCCUUCCUGGGUUUUGCCCUCUGCUCAGAGCUAAUGACUAAAAUCACUGUGUCCAAUCUUGGACAAGGUCUGUCUUGGGUUGACAAUGUUCUAUGGCAGAUAACCUCCUUCCCUAAUGCUUUUAUCUCUAUGAUUAUUCUACUGGAUUUAUUCUUAGUUCUUCAUUUUCACCCUCCUUUCCCCACUCUGAACAGCUCAAUGGAAGUUUUGGCACAUUGAAUCAACUGAAACACUUUCUGUGAUGGAAUGCAUGACCAGUCCAACUGAAUUUUUGUGAAAAUAGUGCCCACUGAUUGCACAAAGUUAAGUCAUCCAACCGUGCAAACUCACAUUGCAGGAAUACACGUGUGAUGGUAAGGGGUUAUUUUGUCUGUAUUUAUUUAUUAACUGUAACGACGCCUUUGACUAAAUUGUCCCGUUUUAAGUGGACAGAUGAAUGUGUCUUUUAGAAAGGCAGACUCCUUCCUUGUUAUCUUAAUGUGGACACAAUCCAACAGUACUUGAGCUCAAACAAACAAGUCUUUCAGAUUGACACAGAAAAACCAGGCUGCCAGAUCCAUCUGUAGUAAGUGAAGCGUUGACAACCACUAGAGCCUUCCAUAUAUAUAAAUAUACACCUCCAACAUCAACCUAUAGAAGAAUGUCUUAUAGGAAACUAUUAUAUAUUAAAUAGUUCCUUUCCUGUGUAAUAAAUGAGCUAAUAGACUGUGUAUCACCAAUGUUAUUUGUAAUUUGAAUUUUCUUUCCUUUUUUCAUGUUCUAUGAUUAUUGAAACUUUAUGUACAACAGGAUGAGUAUCCAACCCCAAGCACUAGAAUGGUGUCUCAAGUUUAAAUGUAAUCAGAACUGAUUUAUUCAUACUUAGAAUAUGGUUUUGGGUGAAAGCAAUUGACCAGGCGUUCAUUUAGACUUUUCUAACGCGUGGAGGAAAUGUAGACAUUGAUUUAUUUAAAAUAUUGAGAUUAUUGUAGUUUGGGAUGUUCAAAUUAUUAUGUUAGACAUUACUUGUUUUGUUCCAUGGUUUUCUUUGAAUUAACUGAUAUUAGUACAAACAAUCUUAUUAGCACUGUGAUGUUGAGGUCAGCAUAUUAUAUGGGAACUGGCUACUAAACAGAUUGACAUUCCUGGGCCUGUACAUAAGUGAAUGUUUGUUUUUUAAUUUAAGAUUAAAUAAGUAACUGAAAUUGA